AUGUUCCUCCACAGGCAGCGCCCCGCCGCACUAACCGAAGCCCUCCAGCUCCAAAUCCGACGCUACGCCCAAUCUGCCACAGCCGCUCUGCUCCACCAGGAAUCGGAAGUCGAACCCGACUUUCAGUCCACCUUCCCGAGACCCGACCCGAAAUACGCCGAGACCAUCUUCGCCGUCCCACGCACCGCCUCCGGUAAGAGCAUCUCCGCCAAAGAGCGCAAGGCGGGACGCGUCCCCAGCAUCGUCUUCGAGCAAGAGGACGGCCAGCACGGCGGCAACAAGCGCCUCAUCUCUGUACGGACCAACCAGAUCCGAAAACUCGUCGGUCAUCUCGGCCGCACUUUCUUCCUCUCCAGGCUCUUCGACCUCGAGGUUCGCUCCGACUUCGACUCUGAAGACGACAUCGUUGAGAGGGUCCGCGUUUUGCCUCGCAUGAUUCAUUUGCACUCGGCCACGGACGCACCGCUUAAUGUGACCUUCAUAAGGGCUCCUUCUCAUGCUUUGUUGAAAGUCGACAUUCCUCUUGUGUUUCGAGGGGACGAUGUCUCUCCUGGAUUGAAGAAAGGUGCUUACUUAAAUACAAUCAAGAGGACUGUAAAGUUUCUCUGCCCUGCAGAUGUGAUUCCUCCAUAUAUUGAUGUGGAUCUGAGUGAGUUGGAUGUUGGCCAAAAGAUAUUAAUGGGAGAUCUCAAGGUUCAUCCGACUCUAAAGCUUAUUCAGUCAAAAGAUGAGCCUGUUUGUAAGAUCAUGGGAGCUAGAGUUUCUGAACAAAAGAAAACUAAAUAA